AUGGACUUCACUCCCGAGCCCUACGACGACAACGUCUCUUCGUCCUGGCUGAUCUGCAACACCUGCGGCACUCAAUUCCCGACUGCCGAUCGUUCCGCCCUCAAGACAUGUCCCAUCUGUGACGAUCCUCGUCAGUACGUGCCGCCGUCAGGACAAUCCUUCACUACACUGGCCGACAUCCGCGCCACGGGACAUCGAAAUGAAUUCAUGUCAUAUCAGCAUGACGAGCGUGUCGUUUUCAUUCGCACAGAGCCGCGGUUCGCCAUUGGGCAGCGAGCCAUCUUGAUCCGGACUCCCGACGGCAACAUCCUCUGGGACUGCAUCACGCUUGUCGACGACGAGACGAUUGACAGGAUCAAACAGCUUGGGGGGCUCAAGGCAAUUGUUAUCAGCCAUCCGCACUUUUACAGCACGCACAUCCAGUGGGCGAGGGCGUUUCGAUGUCCUGUGUACCUCUCCGCCGAAGACUUGUGCUGGACGACGACGCCCUCCGCCCACCGAAAGCCCCUCACCGAGAUCGAGUCGGAGAUUGUGCCUGGAGUCAAGGCCGUCAAGCUGGGAGGGCACUUCCCCGGAUCCUUGGUCCUUCUGUUUGACGGGAGGCUCUUUACUGCAGAUACUCUGAUGACGACUCCCGCGGGCUUGGGCAAGUGGGACGUCGAUGCCUUAGGAGAGAAGAGGGAGAAGCCGCCUGGCAUGAACUCGUUUUCCUUCUUGUGGAGCAUUCCAAACUACAUCCCCCUGAGCGCAGACGAGAUUCACCGAAUGUGGGGGAUCUUAAAGGCCUACGAGUUCAAAUCGACACAUGGCUUGAUGGUAGGAAUGGAUAUCGAGGACGACAAGGUCAAGGCGAGGGUGCUGGAGAGCAUGAAGAUCCAGACGAGGGCCAUGGGCAAUGUAACGCAUGCGCUGCUGGAUGAAACGCUGUGA